AUGAGUUUCAGAGAUUUAGAGAAUCCAGAAUAAGCUGUUUUCAUUUCUUAAGAUUUGCUUAAUGAAUCCUUUUCUUAAAUGUCUCAAGAAUAAAAUGCAGAUUAACAAUAAGAAUUUGCUAAUAAUAAUGAAAACUAUCCUUAAUUCAGUCAAACUUAGAAUUCUCACAUUCUAUCUGAAAUAAUUAACACACCAUCACAACCUAAAAUAUAAGCAAAGAAAUCUACAUUACUUCCUCAAUCUGGUGGACUAUUUUCCUAUCUUAUUGAUAAUCAGAGCAGAAUAUAUGAUAUCUUUUAAAAUUUCCUGCAUAGAUUAUUUCAAUAUUAUUUCAUUAAGAAAGUAAUGGAUCAAAACAUCAUACAAAACUAUAUUGAUUUAUAAGCUGUUAAAAGAAAACUUAAUUACGUCUAAUAAGUUUAUAAUUAAACAUUCUGUGCUUUGAAAAAUAGUAUUCAAUAUUAUCAAGAUAAAAUAUUAAUAUUGACGUCAGAAAUAGAUAAAGAAGAUCCUUAUUCCUUAUUAACUUAACAUGAAAUCGAUCUAAGAAGAGGAUUACAUGAUUUCUAUUAAUUCAUAGAUUCAGAAGACUUACUUACUUCCAGCAAAGGUAUGGGAGGUAGCUAAAAUAUGUAAAAAUUUUAAUAUGAUUAAAAAUAGAAGUUAAUAUAAAACAAUCUAAAUUGAAGUGUUUAAUCCAGCUGAUUUAAAUUCACUUGACAGAGUCGCUUAGUUUGUUCUAAAUAGUCUUGAAUUAGAAUAAAUUAACAUAACUCCAAUAUAAUUAUUGAACGAUGAUUUAUCCUUAAAUCUUCUUAAAGUGACUAUGCAACUAUUACAAAUAUGGUAACAUUUAUUUAGAUUCUUGAAUCAAAAUGAUGUUACAAAUAUUCAAUUUAAUUAUGAAGUAGAUUAAGCUAAUCAUAAUGCUGCAAUAGUUGCUGCAUAAACCUUCUUAUUGGUUCCUUUAGAUAUUGCUAAUAAAAUCUUAAAAGGAUAACAUAGAGAACUUAUAAAUUAUCAUCUAAAUUCUAAUAAUACGUUACCACUUAAAGAAGAAUAUGAAAAGAAAAGAGAAGAAAAGAGUCAGGCUAAAUUAUAAAACACUCUACAUUUUGAUAAAUCUGAUAAUAUUAUUAAAAUAGCUGACGAUGCAUUAACAAAUGAAGCAGAAAACUUCUCAUUUUCAAAUGCUGAACAUUCCUUAAUGGAAGAAUAAUCUGAUUAAUAAUAAACCAUUCAAAAAUACAAUAAUAAAUAUUAAUUAAAUUCAGAAUAAUACAAAUAAACAAUAUUAGAUUAAGCAGUUGAAUUAAGUUUCAAAGGAAAAAUAAAUGAAUCACAUUUACUAGAUAUUCAACCUCCAAAACAUAGAUCUUAUAUAGCAGAAAGUGGACAAUAACUUUUAAGAAUCACUCCUAUUACUAUUUGUACUUUGAAUUGCUCAAAACCUAAUAUAGAAUUUAAUCAUGUCAAUUAUUUUACAGAUCCUUAAAAAUAAUUUUUACAUUAUUUUAAACCAAAUACUAAAUAUUUUUUUUAAUGGUAACUUGAUGCUGAAAAUGUUUAAAAGAUAGUUUGUGAUGUAGAACAUUAAUUUACUAAUGAGUUAAUCUCCUUCUCUACAAAAGAAGGAAUUAUCUUUUUAUUCAAUCCAUUUUCAUAGACUGCUGAUAAUACAUUCUAUAGAUAUAAUGAAUAAACUUCCAUAUUGUAAGCAUUACCUAAAAUGAUUGAGAAAAAAAGAAAUUUCAGAGUUGCUCAAGUAGGAAAUUAUAUCUAUUUAAUUGGAGGGGAAAAUCAAUAAUAAUAAGUUACUAAUUCUUGUGAAAGGUUUAGUCUCAAAACUUUAGAAUGGUAAAAGAUUAAAUCUUUUUAAACUCCUUUAACUAAAGUCAAUCUUGCAGUUUUCUAAUAAAGGUAUUUAGUUAGAUUUGGAGGAUUAAAUCGUUUUGAUCAUUUUGAUAAAACUGUUGAAAAGUAAAUUUAAAAAUAAUUAAGUAUAUUAGGUAUGACACUAAAAGACAUAAGUGGUAUCCAUUAAAAUUGACAAGUGGGCAAGAUUAAAUAUUUAAGUUGAAUAGCGUUUGUUUGUAAGUCAAUUUUAAUUCUAUUCUAAUUUUUGGAGGAUAAAAUGAUAAUGAUCAUUGUGAUUCAACCAUCUAAUUACUUACUAUAAAUGAAAUUGAUAAAAAAAAAAAUGAAUAUGAUGCACAUCUUUAGGAAUUAAAUGUACAAUAAUAAUUAUUAUCAUUCAUUGGUCAAUAUGAUUUAAAUGUUUACUACUAACAUGAUAGAAUUUACUUAUUUAGGAAAAAUUACAGUUCAUUAUUAUUAUGA